CGUAAUUUUGUCAAAUCUCCCAAUUUGUUAUAUAUUUCUAUGAAAUUAGUAUUGUUUUAUUAUUCAUCUUACUCGUUGAAAGUACCGAGUUAAUAUUUCGACGAUAAUAAUUUUUCAAUACAUUGAUAGUUCUAACAUCAUACUAUUGACAGUUCGCAAAUCUAUUCCGUUCCAAUUUUCGUGCUCCAAACUCACCACCAAUACGAACUUCGACUGAUAGCGUAUUCGACGGGCUGCGCUCGUAUUUUUUAUUCGUCGUUUUCUCUCAUUAAUAUACCGACAGAAUAGUUUUGUGACGUGACGCCUGUUCUUGAAACAAUCAUAAAAACUUAUUAGGAGAAAAUUAUGGCGCCCGUGGAUAACUCUGCAGCCACUAAUAUGGCAGGUUUUGAGCUCGUUUGCUCCAUUAAAUCGAACGAUACGAUACCUGUGCAUAAAUACAAAUCUACCAAUACCGGUAUUAAUGUGUACAUCGCUGAAGUUGAAGGACCCGUCGUCGGAGGGUAUUUUUGUCUCGCAACGGAAGCCUACGACGACGAUGGAUUGCCGCACACUCUCGAGCAUCUUGUAUUCCUUGGCAGUGAAAAAUAUCCAUACAAAGGUGUAUUGGAUCUCUUGAGUAAUCGGUGUCUCGCUUCGGGCACAAAUGCAUGGACGGACAAAGAUCACACCGUCUACACAAUGACAACGGUUGGCAGCGAAGGAUUUUUAUGUCUGAUGCCGAUCUACUUGGAGCACAUUUUGUACCCUACUUUAACGGAUUGUGGUUACUUGACGGAAGUACACCACAUAACGGGUGAAGGUGACGAUGCCGGGGUUGUUUAUUGCGAAAUGCAAAAUAAGGAAAACAACGGAGAUUAUUUGGCGCAUAACGAAAUGAUCAACGCUCUUUAUCCAGGAAAAUGUGGUUACAAAGCCAAUACCGGAGGAGCCUUGAAAAAUCUUCGUGAGAGCACAAGCAAUGAGAAAGUCAGAAAUUAUCACAAAGAAUUUUAUAGGCCAGAAAAUUUGACAAUUAUUAUCACGGGUCAAGUGAAACACACUGAUGUUUUCAAAGCUCUGCGGCCGUUGGAGGAAAACAUUGUUUCCAAGGGAGAUCGAGGUCCGUUCACACGACCGUGGCAGAGUCCUGUGCCACCGUUGAAAGAGAGGGUGGUGAAGAAUGUCUAUUACCCAUGCGGUGAGGAGGACAACGGUUUGGUGAACGUUGGCUGGCGAGGACCAUCGGCUGUUACCGAACUGUACGAUUUGACCGGUUGCUCGUUGUUGCUGAAAUAUCUAACGGACAAUUCGGUCAGCCCGUUGCAAAAAGAAUUCGUAGAAAUUGACGAUCCCUACGCGAGUAACGUCGCUUACUCAUUGUGCGAGAACUCUAUAUCCAUCAUUUAUCUGAUGUUCGGCGGAGUACCCAUGGAUAAAAUUUCUCUCAUCAAAGAUCGCUUGGUUAAGAUUAUCAAGGACGUCCACGGGUCCAAAGGAAUUGACAUGAAGAGAAUGAAAACCGUUAUCAAGCGUCAUCUUCUCGAGACUCUGGGCAAUCUUGAGACUAUGCCGCAACACGCUGUCGCUUUCAUGCUUAUCGGCGACAUUCUUUAUGGCAACACAAAGGAAGAUUUGAACCAGAGGCUAAAUCAAAUUGAAGACUUUAAGAAACUCGCCGAAGAACCAGAAUCUUAUUGGUUGAAUUUGAUGAAUCGUUAUCUCAUCGAAGCUCCUAUGGUCGUUAUAAAUGGCAUACCGAGCUGCGAGAAGCAAAAGGAACUCUCGGACAUCGAGAAGAAACGCGUCGCCAAGCAAAUCGAGACCCUGGGCAAAGAGGGCCUUGAAAAAAAAGCUCAGGAGUUGCAAAACGCAACGAUGAAAAAUAAGGCUCCAAUACCGGACGAAAUGUUGAGUUCGGUGCCAAUCCCUGGUACUGACAGCAUAAAUUAUCAUCCGAUCAAGAGUUACAACAGCGAAACAUCCGAGCAACAUCCUCGUUUCGACGUCAAAAAAUUGCCGAUCUACACUUAUCUCGAUCACGUCAACACGAAUUUUAUAUACAUGUCUGUUUUGAUGGACACGGCCCCGAUCAACCGAGAAUCGAGACCGUAUCUUCCGCUUCUCCUCGAGGCUAUGACGGAAUCAUCAAUCAUGAGAAAUGGAAAAAUUAUUCCGUACGAAGAGGUCGUUGCUGAACUCGAAGAAGACACGAUCGCUGAAAGCACAGGACUCGGACUUUUCACAGCAAAUCGAUUUUCUUGUGGUGAUUACAGUCACACUGCACAUUUGAUGCUGCAGCUUGAAGUUUCGAAAUACUCGAAAGGCGUGCAGUGGAUUAAGGAACUCUUGUACGACACGAAAUUCACGGCUGAUCGUUUGAAAAUCAUUGCAUCGAAAAUGAUAAACGAUGUAGCACAAUUUAAGAAGAAGGGAAGCAAAGUUACGGGAUAUUUGAUGAAAGGAUUGUUGUACAACAAAGACAGCAACCAUUACAAUACGAGCUUGUUGCGACAACACAAAUUCCUCGUGAAAAUGGUCGAGCGGUUAAAUACUGAGGAAGGACAGAGAGAAGUACUCGAAGAAAUAGAAUCAGUGAGAAAAAUGUUGACAGCACCAAAAAGUUUGACUCUAGCGAUGGCGGUGAACGUGGACAAAUUAACGACUCAAGUGUGUGACGUGUACGAACCUUGGAAAAUCAUGAAGGACUUUGACAACGAAAUCAAGCAAAAGCUCCACGUAACGAGAGCGUGGGAAUUGAUGAACAAACCCGAGGAAGUUCCGGUUCAAGGAUGCGUUUUAGGUCUCGGUGGAAUAGACUCCGCUUAUUUCGCUCAAUGCACCAAAGCUAUCAACGAUUAUGAUCAUCCCGAUCUCGCGCCGUUGCUCGUUUGCUUGCAAUAUCUUGCACAAUUGGAAGGUCCAAUGUGGAAGCAAAUUCGUGGUCUGGGCUUAUCCUACAGCUACGACGUUUCUUGCAAAAUUGACGAAGGUCUCAUGUAUCUGGCCUUCUUCGGAGCUACGAACAUCGUCGGCGCCUACAAGGAAGCUAAAGCCAUCGUCGAACAUCACUUGAAAGAAAACAAGUGGGACCAACUUUUGUACGAGUCUGCGAAAUCGUCUUUGAUCUUCAAGAUAAUCGAAGAUGAGAAAAGCGUGGGUGAUUUAGUGUCUCAAUCGUUGGCGUUUUACUUCAAGAACGUUUCUCACGACUAUAAUCAUCAAAUGGUUCAACGUGUUUAUGCCGUUACGAUCGACGACAUGAGCCGCGUGGGUGCUAAAUAUCUCAAAGAUCUCUUCAACCCUAAAAAAUGUCACACUACGCUUGUCUGCCAUCCGAUGAAAGCUCCGGAAGUUGCACAAGCUCUGAAAACAUGCGACCACGAUUUGAAAGUAUUCACUGGUUUGAAAACGACUUAUCUGAACGAUUGGUGAUUUCGAGAAUUAAGACCAGCUGAUAAAAGUGCAGGAGAGCAGAAUAAAACAGCGACUGCCCAGUGACAAUUUGAACGAAAAAAAAACUUCGAAUUUUUCCAUGUUUUCAAUUGAUAUUUUAUACGAUUAAUGGCCUUCUAUUACUUCGUCAUUCAAGCGAAUUGCUGUCGUUGAAUCCUUCUUUUUUACCGAUUUAAUUGUUUUAACACUCUUUAAAUAAAAAUAUUAAUCAGGA